AUGGGUUGUUGCGCAUCCUCAACCGCAUCGGAAGUCCCGGUUCCAAAGCCCCGUCGCCGAUUGAGCGUGGGCCAGGUUGACGAAAGCGAGCUUCCUGGCAACGAGGACUCUCAGGCAGAACAAGAUCGUGGUCUGAUUGCCGCGUUCAGCAAGAACAACCUCAUCGAGAUGGUUUCCGAGACCCAGGAUGGGACAGGAAAAGCGAAGAGCGGUCGACGGGUCUCCCUCAGCUCGAAGACGGACAAGGGUACCACCUCCUUCGCGAACAAGACAAUGCAGAAGUUCGGGGACACCGAUGUGGACAUCGCGCAGUGCGGAAUUGGCUACACGUGCCGGAAAGGAUUAAAGCCCGAAAGCCCCAACCAAGAUUCUUGGUUCGUCCUGAAGAUGGAGAAUUUCUCACUCUAUGGUGUUUUUGAUGGUCAUGGGCAGAAGGGACAUGACGUGUCAAACUUUGCGAUGGACAUGUUGCCGAAGUGCAUCAUCAAGGAUGAGCGGGUCUUCUCAACCGAGAAGCGAGACUGGGGCCCCAUUCUGUCUGAUGCGUUCAAAAAGACGCAGAAUUUCAUUAUGGCAUCCGACAAGAUGAAGACCCUGCAGGCUCAGAUGUCAGGAACCACCGCAACAGUGGCCAUCCACGACCACUCAGACAACUCCAUCACCAUCGGGCAUGUCGCGGACUCUACUGCGGCCCUGGGCACCAAGAAUGUGAACGCCUGGAGCGGCGUGGCUCUCACAAGAGACCAUAAGCCGAACCUCAAGGAUGAGAAGGCGCGGAUUGAAAAGGCGGGUGGACGCGUGGUGUUUGACGGGUACGCGAACUACCGAGUCUAUGCCAAGAACGCGCGUUAUCCAGGCCUGAACAUGUCUCGUUGCCUCGGGGACCUGCUCGGACAUGCGGAAUGCGGCAUGUCGUGUGAGCCGGAGAUCAACAAGAUCGCCUUCGAGAAGGGCAAGCAGUAUAUUCUCCUCGUCUGCUCCGAUGGUGUUUGGGAGUUCAUCUCUGCGCAAGAAGCAGUGGACAUUGUCAGCAAGUAUGACGCCAACGAGGCGACCGCCGCAGCAGACGACCUCGCUAAAGAAGCCUGGGACCGGUGGAUCAAGGAAGAGGGCGGCAGCGUCGUGGAUGACAUAACCGUGGUCCUCCUUUACGUGGGCUUCCCCCCUGUGAAGCAAGCGUAG